CUGUCUUUGUCCACUACGGCAAAAAUUGUCGGAGCGGGAGAAUUCACAUCAAACGGACCAAAAGAAAGUGCACUUUCGCGCUGAAAAGGUCGGUUACCAUCCAAUGAAUUUUAGUGCAAGAGGCCUUUCCAGGCCAAGGGAAUGGGUGACACCGCACAAGGUGUCCCUGGCGGUCCUGGUGACUGUGUACGCGGAGAGAGAACUACCGGAGACGGGCCACCCUCCUUCGCCGGUCAUGCCAGUUCUGGUCACGAGAACGACGGGCGCGAGUCACGGGAGUGGCAGAGCGGCUGGUGCUGGGGAUCGGGAAGAGACCGUGACGCCCACAAUAGCGCCAUGGCCAGCGAUUGGUGACAAGAGGCCGACUGGCUCAGCGGGGAGGUAUCUCGGGGAAAGCGGACUGGAUUGUGAGGGUGGCUGGAGUGUUGUGGUCAAACGAAAUUUUGCUAAGUCCAUGCUAAAAUGGAUACAGAGUUCUGAUAUGGAAUUCCAAGACCUAUUGAUGAAAGUGAAGGAAAUUGAUGAAGAACUAAGCAAAGAUUUACUUGAGACCUUGAGUUCCAUCAAUACAUCCGGGCUGUCAGCCUUGGCCGACUUCAUCCAAUCACUACACAAGCUUUUGGACAGCAACAAUGGGCAGUCGCCAGUCCAUAGGCACAGCAUCCUGGGUAUCUUCAUUCGGCGCAUGGUCCUCUCCUACGACAAGCUGUCCUUCGAUCAGGUCUCGGCCUUGUACAAGAGCCUCAAGGCCUACCUGAGUGGGCUGGAGGGUCACCUGACAGAGGGGGAACGGAGCAAAGCCAUGAUGGACAUCAGCACCGUGGACGAUGGCGGCACAAUGACCAAGGACGAGCUGGACGGGCCCAGACCCAAAAAUGGACUCACCCAACUGACCCAAAGGGGAAGCACUCUGAACCUUCCAUCAGAGCGAACUUUUACCCGUCAACAGGCGGAGUCCUUCAUUGCCGAACAGGCACGCCUACUGCAGAACGACGACCCCAGGGCCCUUGAUCCCAGCACGCUACAGGACCAGAUAGCUGUCCUGAAGGACACUAAUCCCGACCUGGCUGAAACGCAUUUCCUGUCCUACCUGAAUGGCCUACGGCUCAGUGAGUUCUGCGGCGCGACCGACAGCCUGCACAGCUACUUCGACCACCUGCUGCCCAGGGCCGGCGAAGCCAACAGUGGUCGGGACGAGGGGACCAGCAAGAGUUUCCGCUAUGCUGCCCUCAACUUGGCAGGCAUGCACUGCAUGUUCGGCCACAGAGAACAGGCAUUGCUAGCAUUGAAGGAAGCCAUUAGAAUCGCCCAUGAGCGGAAUGAUAAUGUUUGUCUCCAGCAUGCCUUGGGCUGGUUGUAUCGUCUGGAGAAAAUGAGUGGGGAAGAUGUGUCCUAUCUCCUCGAUCGGUCCAUCACACGGUCUGACGCCUUGAAUCUGCCUUAUUUGGCAUCUCUUGGGAUCCAAAACUUUGCCCAGCACAAGGCUCUGAGUUCCACCGACCCUUCCAAUGUGUUCGAAUACCUUGCCAAGAGCGACAUGCUCAACUGCAAACACAACCAGCCCCAACUGGUUCAGACCAGUUUGGCCCAGCAAAGCGCCCUCUGGCAGAUGUAUGGGUACAGGACGAUGUCCUCACUCUGCGAUCAGCUUCUGCUCCACUCUGGCCACCAGGACCUGCCGGGGGGCACGUCCAACAACUGCCUGAUCACUACGGAGAGCGAGGUGCUGUGCCUGGCCAUCUGCAACCAGGCAAGGCAGCACGGGGACCAGGGAAUGUACACAGCGUCGGGGGACCUCCUGCGGCUGGCCAAGGAGCGGUUCCCAACGCCCUCUAAGCACGCCAAAAUUUGGAUGGAAUGCGAGCAGGAGCUGUCCUUUGACAGGGCCAUACUGCAGGGCAAAUGGCAGCAGGCGGAGCAGGCCGUCUUAAACCUGGCUUCCAUUAAUGAGACCAGCGCCCUCUAUAGAAAAGUGAUUCUCUUGAAGAAACGGGGAGAGACGACGGCCGCUUUCAAAGCGGCCAAUCACAUCAUUGACAACUGCAAGGACAAUCAGCAAGGCUUCACGACGGAGCUUCUAGUCAGGGCCCUACUGGAGUUGUCGGAGCUCCAUGCAGUAUCGUCCAAUCACACGUCAGCCAUCCCCCACCUGCUAGAGUCCUUGGCACUGUGCCAGACGCACCACCUGUCGUCCCUGUACACCAAAGCCAUGGCCAGAUUGGCACAAACUCAGUUAAUGCUCAAGAUGCCGCGCCAUGCCCUUAGCUUAGUGGAAAGGAUCAUGCCUCAAGUCCUUGCCAAUGGUUCCCUGUACGAUCAGUGCUGUGUCAAAUUUCUUUACGCCAAAUGCCAAGUUGCCUGUAGUUCAAGACAGAAAGAUGAGAACCGCAAAGCAGUUCUGCUUUCAGUGGUACAACUUCUCCAAGAAACAGCAGAUGGCUUCCACAAGACGGAGGCAGAAUACCGUGUCAAGGAUGUCAUCUACCUUCAAGCACAUCUAUACGAUAAACUCGGCUACACAUCAGAACGUAACAAGUGCUCCUUGAACUUCCGCCAACUGGACCAUCAGUACCCUACAUCUGUUGCCAUGCCAACUUCCUCAAUAUGAACUCUAUUUUUUUCUUUUUUCCCCUCGGUGGUAACCAUUUGAUAGUAGGCGUAGUUUGGAACUAUUUGGGAAUGGAGAAAAGUUUUCUGUUUCUUGAGUGCCUGAGCCUCUUUUGUGCUGCGGGGAAUAUGCUAAAUUUGGUUGAAGCAAGAGAAAAGGCUUGUUCAAAGCAAACUACACCCCAUUCCUCAGCAAAUUCACGAUCUCUAGUUCUAAUUUUCUUUUUGGUUAAUUUGUUCUUCUUUUUUGAUUAAUUUUUUUGGUGAAGUGUGGAAUUGUGUUUUUUUUAAUUUAUGAUCUAAUGAGUCACAUGUUUGUGGUGAUAUUAUCUUCAAUUAAGUUGAUUUCAAAAUGAUGAAACUGGAGAGUUGCUGUCUUACUGUGGAAGUUUUCCCUGUCCCCCCCCCCCCAUUUAUUUUCUUUUAUUUCCUGCACAGUACAUAAUUCUAUAAAAAUGGUCAAAGCACUCACUUGGGGAAUAUUUUGAUUUAAAUACGUACACAAAUUUACAAUGUACCAUUUUAAUCAGGCCAUGUCUCCAUUAACUUGAUCAGUGCUUAUAUUUACAUUUGAAAAGGCAGUCAUUGAAGCCGACAAAUAAUUCUGUAGUUAUGUGAAGCAAUUUGAAAUCCUAAACAUUUAAUAUUCCUCGUCGCAACCAAACUUGUUCAACGGUUGCCCUUUGAAACUAGCCAAGACUCGACAGGAUGACAUUUUCAGGUUUUUGUUUCUGUCUUAUACAGAUUUUAUUCCAAAUGCGGAUUGAAAUGCAGACAUCUGGCAUGGUUGAAAUCAAUAAUUCUGUUUAGAUUCUACUAUGUUUAUGAUUGUCUAGUGUGUUGCGUGCAAUAAAAUGAACCUGCCAAACUGGGAACAGCUGUGCAGACUAGACCAGGAAUUCAUCUUCCUCUCUCGUAAUCUUUGUUAAACCACGAGAUUCAGGGAAAUGCUAAUGGAAAGUUAUUUGAAAAUUCUUGAAAACAGUUCCACAUCUAUUUGUAAUCUUCAUUGCAGAGGUUUCUCUUCAUUUUCCUGGAAGAGUUUGCAAAGACAUCAAUCUGAAAUAUUGAA